AUGAGAGGUUUGCCCUGCAGCAAUAGCACAAGUCUGUUUAAUUUCUACAUACCAGUUGCAGAGUACCUAGAUAAAAGUCCAAUACAGUUUGGGCAGAUCAGCAGCAUCCAGAGCUCCAGCACUCCCUUAUCUCAGGAUGUCACCCUGCCAUCCCUCUCCCUGCCAGAAAAUCCUCUUCUUUCGUCCCCUCAGCCUGUUUCUUUGCCUUUUCCUAUUUCUCAUGGAACCACCACCCUAGCUUUCAUAUUUCAGGGUGGCCUGUUGGCUGCAGCAGACACUCGCUCCAGUUGCGCUGGGUACGUGGAGGGCCCAGCCGCCCAGAAGAUCCUGCCCAUUCACAGUCACAUGGUGAGCACCACCUCGGGAACUUCGGCCGACUGCGCCCUUUGGAAACGGAUUCUGUCUCGAGAACUGCGGCUUUACCAACUCCGCCACGGCCGACGGUUGUCCACGAGCGGAGCUGCCAAACUGCUGUCACACAUGCUUCACCCAUUUAAGGGAACUGAGCUGUGUGUUGCAGCCAUUCUGUGUGGGUGGGAUGGAGAAAAAAUAGAAAAAUCUGUAGACCCCAGUCUUGAAAAGACUCAGAGCUCUUUUUCAUCUGUUGGUGGUCAACAGCACUUAGCUAGAGAGAAAAGAAAAGGCUCUGGACCCUGUAUGUUCUAUGUGUGCAGUGACGGCACUCGCCUGCAGGGAAAUCUCUUCUCUGUGGGCUCGGGAUCGCCUUACGCCAUCUCAGUUCUGGACCAAGGAGUUAAAUGGGAAUUGACACUGGAUGAGGCCACUUCAAUCGCCCGAGAGGCUGUGUACAGAGCCACACACAGGGAUGCAUACUCAGGAAACCAUGUAGAUAUCUAUCACAUCUCCUCAAAAGGAUGGAUUCGCAGGAGCAGGGAGGAUUUGAAAGAGGAAUAUUACAGAGAAAAGGAAAGACGAGAGCGAGGGAUGACACAGAUCGUGACUUUGUCUGAGGAAACAUGA